AUGGCUUCAAAAUCUUGUACUUCAUGUCUGCGAGCGCUGAGACUUCAAUCCGGACGUACUGCCAGGAACAGUAUUGCGAAAUUCAACCCCGCCACCUCGCGAGCCUUCGCAACAGCUAAUGAUAAAUAUGCCAAUCUCGCAGAGGUCAAUCAGAAUCAUGGGACAUCAAUCCCUCCCGUCACACCACCCCGUGCUGGAGAUAAGGCAAAACACUCUGCACAUACCUCACCAAGCCUUGCCAGAGAAUUCAAAAAAGUUUCAGGCAAAGCUAUAACCGAAACAUAUACCGCAUAUGGAGCCACAGAAGAGCUUUAUAAAACCUGCGGGGCACAGGCGGACUACUCUAUACCACAAGCGUCAGAUCCAGAUGCAGAAAUGCCAAAGACGGAAGAAGGUGAAGACUUAGGUGUUGGUAAAGGCUGGUGGCAUGAUCAACUAGCAUUGAAACCUACCUUCAGCACUUGGUCACAGGUAACAAUGCUUCACUUAUAUCUGCUUUCAGUUCGUCUUCGAUGCUUCCCAGGCGCCGAGUCGCAGCCUUGGCAACAACACCUUCUCGACCACUUCUUUUAUGAUGCUGAGAAUAAAAUGAUUAUUAAUCAUAAUAUGCAUGCUCGUGGUACUCGUAAUAAAUACCUCAAGGAUAUGUUUGUUCAGUGGCGAGGUCUUUUGGCGGCAUAUGAUGAGGGCUUGGCCAAGGGUGAUGCUGUAUUGGCAGCGGCCGUCUGGAGGAAUGUCUUCAAGGCAAACGAGGAUGUUGAUAUCAAAGGACUUGCGACGAUCGUCAGUUAUAUGAGACGUACCAUGCAGGAGUUGGAGAAACUCUCAGAUCAAGACAUCAUGAGUGGUCAGCUGACCUUUGGUGACCCUGCUGGAGAAGCAAAUUUCGUUGGCAUCAAGAGCAAGAUGAUGGAUUUACCACUGGAUCAGGCACCGGGAAAGCCUCUGUAG